AUUGUUGAUGGAAAUGGAAAAUUGGCCGCUCCCGCAUUCCCCUUCCGUCGCUCCUCCACCGAGCAGGGAGGACAGCAGAGCCAGGAGGCGAUGGCGACGGCGACGCAGGUCAUUUUGGAGACGUAGGCAAAGUUUGGGUGGCAAACCAGAUAAGGGCUGAGGCAGUAGUAUGUUUGGCAGUAGUAUUUUUCCACGGGAAUUUACACAUUUGCCUACUGCUACGGAUGAUGCAUUUUGGCAAGUGGUACUUCGCAAUAGACGCACAACCUCAAAACUUGCAUGCCAGGUGUACAAUGGAUGGAUUUGCGAGCUGACGUGAAAUCCCAUCCGAUGACAGAUUAGCAACCAUCAGCCUGCAAUACAAAUUAGGCAUUAAAGGUUCAGGUACUCUAAAACAAGUCUCAGAAAAUGUUUGAAGCCGAGAAUGAGAAAGCCAGUGAUUUUGUUGAUGCAAGUACGUCUCUGCCUGUUAAGCUUGAGUCCAGCUGCGUUGCCGUACUGGUACACCCCAUUGUCGAGGUGUUGAAGGCUGAAGAGCAGCCAUUGCACUCCACCAAAGAGACAUCCGAUGAGUUCUUGGAUGCAAGUUCAUCUGUACCUAUUGACCUCGAGGCCAAGAAUGAUGAUGCAUCCUUCAUUACAGAGGUGAUGACGAAGGAGGAAGAGAAGUUAUAUGAGGCUCGGCUUAUGGUUGAGGAAGAAGAAGCUAGAAAGAGAGAACAAGCUGCAAGACUUACUUUUGAUCGUAAUGCAUGUUUUAGCAAGUUGGAUGAUCUACUGACAGAGACACAGCUUUAUUCAGAAUUUCUACUUGAAAAUAUGGAGCAAAUUACAGAUAAUUUUGUUGAAGUUAAAGACGAGGAGGAGUCUGUGGAAGAUAAGAAUAAAGGAUGUGGCAAAAAGAGGAAAGUAAAUUCUAAGCCACAAUACAAUGAUAAGAAGGCUAAGACAGCAGUGGCUGCCAUGCUCCAAAGAUCACGCGAAGAUCGUUCUGCUUAUGAUGAAACUCUCACAGAAGAAGAAAGAUGGGAAAAAGAGCAAGCCAACCUUGUACCACUAAUGACUGGCGGACAGUUGAAAUCUUACCAGAUAAAGGGUGUGAAGUGGCUAAUAUCACUGUGGCAGAAUGGGCUAAAUGGGAUACUAGCUGAUCAAAUGGGCCUUGGGAAAACAAUCCAGGCAAUUGGAUUCCUUGCCCAUCUUAAAGGGAAUGGUAUGCAUGGUCCAUACAUGAUAAUUGCUCCUCUUUCCACUCUCUCAAACUGGGUGAAUGAAAUCUCAAGGUUUGUUCCAUCUCUUACUGGCCUGAUUUACCAUGGAGAUAAAGUGGCUCGGGAAGAGAUAAGGAAAAAAUUCAUGCCCAAAACUGUUGGCCCCGAUUUCCCGAUAAUAAUUACUUCAUAUGAGAUGGCCAUGUCAGAUGCAAAAUUUCUUGCUCGUUAUAAGUGGAAAUAUGUUGUUGUGGAUGAGGGACAUCGGUUGAAAAAUUCUAAAUGUAAAUUGUUGAGAAAGUUAAAGCGCAUACCAAUGGCCAAUAAACUCCUUUUGACUGGGACACCUCUUCAGAAUAACCUAGCAGAGCUGUGGUCGUUAUUGAAUUUCAUUUUGCCUGAUAUAUUCUCGUCCCAUCAGGAAUUUGAGUCAUGGUUUGAUUUUUCUGGGAAAGGAGACGAGGAACAGCAGGAAGAAGCUGAUGAGAAGAAAAGAGUCCUUGUUGUUUCAAAGCUUCAUGCCAUUUUGCGUCCAUUCCUUUUAAGACGGAUGAAGGUGGAUGUGGAACAGAUGCUUCCACGGAAGAAAGAGAUAAUCAUUUAUGCUAACCUGACUGCACAUCAGAAGCAAAUCCAGAGUCACUUGAUUGAAAAGACAUUUGACAACUACUUGUUUGAGAGCACAGACAUAGUGUUGCGGAGACCUGGCAUGAAGAUGAAGCUAAAUAACCUAAUGAUUCAGCUGAGGAAGAACUGUGCCCAUCCUGAUCUUUUCAAUGCUGCAUUUGACUCAACAAGCCUUUAUCCACCUACCGAUAAGCUUCUGGAACAAUGUGGUAAAUUUCAGCUGUUGGACAGGUUACUGGAAUCCCUACUCAAACGAAAGCACAAGGUUCUAAUAUUUUCACAGUGGACAAAAGUUUUGGACAUAAUUGAAUAUUAUUUGUAUAUGAAAGGCCUGAAUGUUUGCCGAAUUGACGGUAGUGUUAAAUUGGAAGACAGGAGGAGACAGAUAGCAGAGUUUAAUGACUUGAACAGCAGUAUGAAUGUCUUUAUUCUAAGCACACGUGCUGGUGGGCUUGGCAUCAAUCUUGCUUCUGCUGAUACAUGUAUCCUGUAUGACAGUGACUGGAAUCCUCAGAUAGAUUUGCAGGCCAUGGACCGAUGCCACCGGAUCGGUCAAACACGCCCAGUGCAUGUUUAUCGGCUAGCAACAUCCAAUUCUGUUGAGGUAUGGUUGGAUGACCUUCAGACUCUUGCUUGGCUAUGUUCUGUGGUGUCGCUGCUCAUCUACUCAUUGUUGCAGGGGCGGAUCAUCAAGAGAGCUUUUGGAAAGCUGAAGCUAGAGCACGUUGUGAUUGGGAAGGGACAGUUUGAACAAAAUAGCGCGAAGCCUAAUGUCUUGGAUGAGGAGGAGCUACUGGCGCUGCUAAGGGACGAGCAGGACGAGGAAGACCGGAUGAUCCAGACCGACAUCAGCGACGAGGAUCUUUUGAAGGUGAUGGACCGGAGCGACCUCACCGGCCCGCCUGCUGCCGCCGAUGCUGCGCCUCUAAUCCCCCUGAAAGGGCCUGGCUGGGAGGUCGUGAUGGCCUCGAAGAGCGGCGGCGGCAUGCUCUCGGCGCUCACCAGCUGAGCCCCGCCCCAGCCUAGCAAAGUACUCCCUCUGCUUUAGUGAUCUAAACACUUUUAUACUUUCUCUGUUCGAAAAUACUUGUCAUAGAAAUGGAUGUGUUUAGAUGUAUUUUAGUUCUAAAUACAUCAAUUUGUAUUCAUUUUUAUGACAAGUAAUUCCGGACAGAGGGAGUAUUAGUUUUCGGAGGGAGUAGCAACGACGACGCCUCGGCAUUUCGGGUGAUUUGGCUUGGCCAUCGCUAACUAGUCAAUGUUUCGCAAAAAUAAUAUGUACUCCCUCCGUUUUUAAAUAAUAAGUCUUUUAAAGAGUUU